GAGUUUGAUGCAUGCUAGCUCACUUGUUCAUUGCACAGAACUUCUCUGAUGCGAAACUCAAUCACACAAUAGUGACCCUCAAAAGUUAUUUUUAGUGUGUUUACAAAAUCACAACCUUGGCAAUGUCACGACACGUAUGUUUUGCAGUUCCCCUGUUUAUAUAAACUCUUGUAGUUCAUGUGCAGUGUAGCCCUGGUUUGACUUCAGCCCUUGAGCUUGACAACAAAGCUCGCUAAAAGUGUGCGUACCUUGAACUGUUCACCGAGCACGCAAUAGUAGGAGUAUUGUGUGAUACUUUAGGUGAGCAAGACUCUUCCUAAGUGCUAUACGGGGAAGUUUUCUGCGGGAUUUCCUGCUUUCACUUUGGUCCAAGCUGGCCAGUCAGUGUUAAUCUUUGCUUGCGGUGAGGUGUUUUUUGGACCAGACGAGCUCAAAUGUUGCGUGAUUUUUAUGAGUCAUCUUGACCAGUCUUGGAUCGUAGAGGUAACACUAUUUUAAAGUUUGCCCGUCAUACUGCCUUCAACAAUCGGCCCUUAUUGGACUUCUAACGAGUCUAUGGAAUGUUUUGAAUCAAUCCGAUUGGAAGGCUUUUCUCAUAAACUAUAAUUGCCAACAUUUCACAAGUUCUGUCAUUUUAUGGUCAGGAUUUUGCAAAGUAAAAUAUGCUGCACUUCAGAAUUCAUUUAAUGUUGGUCUGGUGGCUUAUCCUUCAAGUCUCGCACCUGGACUCCUCAGGAGCGGUCCCAGAGCAAGGAUGCAGUCCUACGUGUGGAGUAAAUGUUCAAUGUGCCAACAGAAAUCUUCAGACAUUCCCUGAUAUUCCGCCUGACCCUGAUUGCCGAAAUCAAGUCAGCGAGAUUGACGUCAGCAACAACAAGAUUAAAACGCUCCCGCAAGACGCAUUUGCAGGGCUCACUUCGCUGGAGACAAUAGCUCUCUCCAAUAACAUCAUCCAGACCAUUCCAACGGGAGCGUUUCGUGAUCUGACGCGGCCGAAUGAACUCCUCCUACAGUCUAACAAUCUGUCGAGCCUUCAGCGUGGCGUGUUCGACGGUCUUGAACGUCUCGACGACCGGUUGUUGCUUCGAUGCAACCGCCUGACGCAGAUUACUAAGGGAGUGUUUGACAACUUACACAAACUCCACAUUCUGGCCAUUGAUAAAAACUUGAUUGAAACCAUAGAGGAAGGCUCGUUUAGUGGCAUGGGUGAGCUUGACUACCUCUACCUGAAUAAAAACCGUAUCGUGAGGCUGGUCAGUGGGGUGUUUUCAGGCUUGGGCGAGCUCAAACGUCUCGACCUGCGGUACAAUCGCAUUGAGGUCAUCGAAUCAGGUGCCUUUGAGGGAUUGGGCGCCCUGAAAGAGCUGAAACUCUCUUCGAACCACAUUACAACGGUAUCAGGCAUAGCGGUACUGCACAACUUAGUGACUUUAGACAUCGCAGACAACAUGAUCAAAACGGUCGACGAACCGUUUCUCGACAUGUUGCAAGACGGCGAUUUACAGAUCUCCAUCAAGGAGAACCCACUGGACUGUACCUGUAAGAUGGAAACACUCCGGAUUUGGUGUCGCGAAAAUAUGAACCCCACGGACGAUGCGCGGUGUGCAACCCCGGCUGAAUACUUGAACAUGACGCUGGCCAGUAUUGAGGAACCUCUGCCCGCGUGCCCUGUGCCAUCAGGCGGGCAGAGCAUGGACAGCAUGGGUAACGCAGAGGGUUCCGAGUCAACCUCACCCUUAAUUCUACUCAGUAUACCAUUUGCUGGACUUCUGGUUCUCUCCCUGUGUAUCUAUUUGCUCAUUCGGCGGCAUACAUCCCAUCAUCCAGCGUCAAGAGAAUCACGGAAUAAUAACGACCUGGAGCAGCAAUCUGAACAUCGCGUGGAUAUAGAUCAACGUGAUAGUUAUCAACCGGACAGCUAUUCUACCUUCUUGCCUAGAGACACAGCAAGCAACAGCGCCAACCAGUUGGUCGAGCCACCGCCUCCUUCCCUGGAUGGACAUGCUUUCAGGCUGUCCAUAGAAGAAACCUCUGAGCCUCAAACACCUGCACCUGAGUACCUCUCUUUUGAUGACGUCAAUGAUCCUCAGUCGGAUGAGGACAUACCAGUGCCUUUCAGGCCAGCAAGAUUUAGGCAACCACAGACGAGGCCCACCACUCGCCCCCCAGUUCCCCCAAGAUUUGUGUAAAGUCCAGAGAGAACGAUCUUCUUUCGAAACAAUAUUUGGAUCGAAAAAAAUGACAGUUCAAAAUCAGAGCCACAAAUCGUCUACACGUCAAACUGAAAUGCUUCAUUGACUACCUCGAACGGUUCUCCCCACUGCCAGUUAAUAAACUAUAGAGUAGGAUUUCAAACUUUGGAUUUGUAAAAUUAUAGAGGUUUGCGGUAACACCAAGUGAACAUCUCUUUGGAGUAGUGUUGGUUCUGAAAAUAACUGGUGGUUAACAACCCAACGUUUCGAUCAGUAUGCUCUGAUCGUCUUCCGGAGAAUUCUGAACUAUAGAGUAUUCAACAAAACAAAACAGUUGGAGUCAUUGACUAACAUGGCAGUAUCAUGGCCCUGUUCUACUCUUAUACCUGUACACAUAAUAGUAUACACAUAAUGAAUGUUUAUGAGUGCAAUGGUGCGAAUAUGUUCAUGAGUUGAAAGAUGGAAUGUUCU